GCUGCUGCUGCUGCUGCUGUGUCACACAUUUGGUAGGCGUCUCUGCCGAACGAGGUUGAUGUCUUCGCCCACCUGGGGGUAGUUGUGCAUUCGGCUGGACGCGUUCCGUGUAAUUGGGGGCCUGUUGCCUUACCGAGGAGCCGAGAGGGGGAGAUUUCGGAGAUUUGGGAGGGAGUUUAAUUCGCGUCAAACAUGCUGUUCGGAGGGAUUUGGAUGCUGUUCGAGACGCUAACACUGGCGUCCCUCGGUGGUUUGGCUCAAAAGCAACACGCAGCUGGGUCAGGUUCGACGGCAGCUUCUUCUGCUUUCGUGUCUCCUCCCUCUUCAGGAACGACACCUGUUCGCUUGUUUCGGCAUGUCAACGUCGGCAGCAGCGGAGGCGGCAGCGGUAGCAUCCGCCGCUACGGCAAUGGGAACGUUACUUGCCGGAGAGACGCUCGCGCUGUUGGCGCUCUAAACGCAGGCAGCAACGGCAAUGACCUCGGCGAGCACGUACCCGGUAGCGAGCACCGUGGUGGGGGGAUGCGCAACGCGGAUGCCGGGAGGUUGGUAGAUUGGGACAUCAAGACCAGGGGGGAGGGGGGCGAGGGGGUGUUCAAGAAGGAAAUGUUAUGGUCAUGCUCUACCCAACCCACCAUCUCCACCCAACGCGAACGCGUAACAUGCUGUAAGGUGGAAGAUGUUUUGGGCAGCUUGGGAAGAUGGCUACAAAUGGUCGGGAGGCCGCCCCUCCACCUGGCGCGGCUCGGGUUCGGGCUGUCCCUCCUGUUCUACGGAAUGGCCUUCCGCACCUUCGCAUUCCACGUUAUCGUCUUCCGCAUCUCGGGCUUCAAGCAGGUCUCGUUGGGGAAGCUUGCAGCCAAGUACCGAAACGCUAGACAGUCCAUCCGAGCAGCCGCAGCCGCAGCCGAGUCGGCUAAGAGGGACCAAGAGCACAAAGCGGCUCAGGCGGAGAAGCUGAAGGUGUGUCGUUAA